AUGAACUCGUACGAAACAAUUGGUGAUUUAAAAAAAAAAAUAGAAAAAAAAGAACGUAUAUACAGUUCCAUUCAAAAAUUAAUUUAUUUAGGCAAAACCUUAGAAAAUCACCUCCUAGUUUCCGAGUACAAUAUCCAAGAUAAAAGUACAAUUUAUAUUGUUAUUAAUCCAUCUAAUAGUUUGGAAAAUUUAUAUUUUUUUGACCAAAGAAACUUUUCAACAGAGUUCAACUGUGAUUUUACAAAAGUAAUCGAUAAUCAAAUAUUCAAAAGAGGGGGUGAAGAUUAUAUAAGACCAUGUGGGUGGAUGAAGUUUGCAUUUAAUGUUGGCGAAUUAGUCAAUACUAAUGAUAAGGGGCUAUGGCUAGGAGAUAAAAAUCUUUCAGGGGAAUGGCCAGUAUCCUACCAUGGUACAGGUCUAUACAAAGGUAAAACAAUAUCUGAAAUUGGUUCAGAGAAUACUUCAAAUUUAAAAAUUCCAAACAACUAUGGUAUUUUUUCAAGCCCAUCUAUAAAGUGCGCCGAAAAGUUCGCUACCAAAUUUAAAUAUCAAAAUUAUGAUUAUUUGGUUAUCUUUCAGAAUAGAGUAAACCCACAGUCAUUAAUCAAGGUACAAAAACUAUACCCAAACGAUGAUCAAUAUUGGAUCACUCUUAAUCAAACUGAUAUUAGACCAUAUUCAGUACUUAUUAAAAGAGUAUAA